UAAACAUUUUCAAUUUGAGGGCAGCAUUGCAAUGACAAAUAACGAGAAGCGCAGCGAAGGUGAUUUCAUUAUCCCGGAAUGGCUGAACGAUGCAUUUUUCCAAAACGUUCUGAAAAACAUCGAAACUGAAAACGCGAAGAUCACCAAUUUAGAGCUGAAACCAGGCACAUUGARAAAUGAUAACUACGCAAGCAUUUUGUUUCGAGCCAAAGUCACCUAUAGAUUGCCGUCGCAGCCAACACAAGAGAAGGUUUCAUCGUUCAUAUUAAARGUYGAACCAUUCAUGGAGGGAAACAAGAAAGAAGUGACGAAAAAUUAUAGUUAUUUUGAUACGGAAAUAACCAUGUAUACWAAAGUGCUGCCGAUGAUCGAAAAGGUGCUAAGACAAUAUGGCGACAACACCAUUUUGGGACCAAAGCUCAUCGCCUCCAGCACCACCACACCGUCAUAUGUGGUUUUUGAAGAUUUAGCACUCAAAGGCUACACCACAAUAGGGUACCGUCAUCCCAAUUUGGAGGAAAUGAAAAUUACUCUUCUCAAACUGGCAAAAUUGCAUGCCAUCAGCUACAAAUUGUGCAAGGAAGAGGAGGACAAUAUCAUAAUGACUUUAGAUAAGGGCUCAAUGAACUCUGCCGACCCCACUACAUUUCCACAUGUUAAAUAUGGUAUUAGAUUUCUGAAGGAGAUCCUAAGCGAAAGCGGUGAUUUGAAACAAUAUGUGCCAUACAUCGCAUCCGUCGAACACUUACUAUGCGAAAAGUCGAUCGAUAUGUUUAACGAAGCCGGCAGUGGUAAACGCGAUGGCAUCUUUGUGGUCAACCAUGGGGACUUUCAUUUGAAAAACAUAAUGAUAAAGAAAAAUGAGGACACACUGACUGAUGUUAUGCUGCUUGACUAUCAAAUCAGCAUAUUCGGUUCGCCGGCGAUUGAUCUUCAUUAUGCGUUCAUAAUGAUGUUUGGCCCAGAAAUGCGUCGUGAUCACUAUGACGAGCUACUCUAUUUCUAUAUCACGAAUUUUCAAGAGACACUGCGCAAAACGGAAUACAAAGGUCACAUUCCUACACAUAUAGAAAUUCGCCAGGAAUUGRCAAAACAUAGAUAUUGGGGACUUUUUUUACUCCUCUGUUUCCUAUUAUUCAACUAUAUAUUGGCCGAUGAGAAUAAGGAUAUUGCGGAGGUGCUCGAAAAUGCGGAAGUACUAAGAAAAGAAUUGGAAGACCCAAAACUUCUGGAUGAGUUACGAGUGCUACUGUCAAGAUUUCUAUAUAAUGGCUAUUUUGAAAUGUAAUAAAUAUAAAAAAUACUAAUAUUUGUAAAAAAAAUAGUUUACUAAAAACCAAUCCUGCUAUAAAAUCAUGAGCUUAUUAGUUGAUUACGACAAAGAUGUAUU